AUGUCAUCUUCAGUUGCCAUAGGCAGUGAGUUCGUACAAAAAAACGUUGAUAUUUUGAAGGCUAAAAAUGUGCAGGUGCAAAAUGUCUGGGAAAUGAAAGCUUUUCGUGGCAACGGUUUCAGUGAACGGUUCUUCACAGUUUCCGAAAUCCCAAAUUCAGGCCGAGGGAAUAAGGGGAUCAAUAUGCGCGGGCGCAUGCAUGGCGAAUUCUUUGCGGGGAAGUGCAAAGCCUGGAAGAAUAAUAAAAUAGGGUCCGCUGUAAUCCGAGAAAUGAUUGGAGCGUUGGCAGCUGAGCCUUGGUUGACGAUCGGCGUGGUGGUGGGGUUGUCCAAGAAUUCAUUUACCAGUGGCGCGGUUAAAGCGGCCGAAAAAUCAGGAAUAAUCAUAACCGAUAGUGAUCAUCUAUAUGAUGACCUAUCGGUAGUCGCUG